AUGUCUUACGUUUAUUCGGCGGCGAUUUACUCGCCUGGUGAAGGCAAAACGGUUCGCAAUAUGAAUGACAAGGUAGAAGGGUACCGAAGGGAGAUUGCUCCGAGUCGCGCCAACGUCGAUUUUGAGCACUUGCGUCGUCGGAAGAACGACGAAACCGAAGAAGAGGAAUACGAAUCAUACACUACGACCGGCGGUGGUAGCAGCACGAGUAGUUGCGCCGUUGAUUCGAUACCAGUGAAACCCUACCAGUAUCGCGACUAUCAUCAGCACAGCAAACACGAUUACGGUUGUGACGAGCAGCAGCAGCAACAAGAGUACGAGACAGCGAACAGCGAGAUGAGACAAUUCCAGAUCAAGACUCAGACAACACCGCAACGCGCCGACAUCAGCGCCAACGAUGAGGAUUUCGCGAAUGAGACGUUGUUCUUUGAGCGCAAUCGCAUUCGACACCUUCAAGAUGAGCGUGUCCACAUUCAGAAGAAGACAUUCACGAAAUGGUGCAACUCCUUCCUUAAUCGGGCAAGGUUGGAGAUUGUCGACCUUUUUGUGGAUGUUGGCGAUGGAAUUUUGCUCAUGAAGCUGCUUGAGAUUAUUUCCGGUGAUAAACUCGGAAAACCGAACAAAGGAACGAUGCGUGUGCAAAAAAUUGAGAAUUUGAACAAGGUUCUCGAUUUUUUGAAGCGCAAAAAAAUCCAAUUGGAGAAUAUUGGAGCUGAAGACAUUUUGGAUCGAAACGAGAGACUGAUUUUGGGUCUCAUCUGGACGAUUAUUCUUAGAUUCCAGAUUGACACCAUUGUUAUUGAAGACGAAGAGGAACGAGGUGAGAGGAAGCAUGCGAAAGAUGCGCUUCUUCUGUGGUGCCAACGCAAGACGGCUGGCUACCCGAAUGUCCGCAUCGACAACUUCACGACGUCGUGGAGAAGCGGUUUGGCGUUCAAUGCACUUAUUCAUGCUCACAGACCGGAACUCGUUGAUUUCAAUCGAUUGAAUCCGAAUGAUCAUGUGACGAAUUUGAACAACGCUUUUGAUGUGGCUGAGAAGAAGCUUGAAAUUGCGCGACUUUUGGACGCUGAAGACGUUGAUGCGGCGCGUCCGGAUGAGAAGUCGAUCAUCACCUAUGUUUCGUUGUAUUAUCAUUAUUUUGCAAAGCAAAAAACCGAAAUGACCGGAGCGAGACGUAUCGCUAAUAUUGUUGGAAAACUCAUGGACAGUGAAACAAUGGAGGAUGACUAUAAGCAUAUCGCUUCGGAGCUUCUCAAAUGGAUUCGUGAGACGAUUCUGAUGCUCGACUCGCGUCGAUUCCCGAACUCGUUGAACGGAAUGCGCGAAGAGCACGCGAAAUUCAAUCAGUUUCGCACCAGCGAGAAGCCGCCCAAAUACAAGGAGAAGGGCGAACUUGAAGCGUUGUUCUUCACGAUUCAGACCAAGCGGAAGGCGAUGAGUCGAAAAGCGUACACGCCGCCGCCGGAGCUUGGCAUGAAUAUCAUUGAGAGCGCCUGGUCGCAAUUGGAUUGCGCUGAGAAUGGAAGGCAGGAGGCGAUUAUUGCGGAACUUCAACGCCAGGAGAGAUUGGAGCAACUUGCGCAGAGAUUCUACAAGAAGGCAAAACUAAGAGACAGUUGGCUGCGAUCGGUGCAGACGAUUCUGGAGGAGAUGGAGAAUGGCCGAAGCGCAAGUCAGGUGGAGAAGACGCUGAAGAAGCAGCAGGCGAUCGCCACCGAUAUUCUCGCGAGAGAGGAUCGAUUCAAGAUGCUGACCGCGAUGUGCAACGAUUUGUGCGCCGAGAAAUAUCACGAAUCGGAUCGGGUUCGUAGUGUCGAGCGCGAGAUUAUUGAUAGAUGGACGCAAUUGUUGACGCUUUUGGAGCAACGCCGACGAGCGUUGAUGAGCUUGAACGAUUUGAUGUCGUUGCUUCGCGAUAUUGACACGUUGUCGAGCGAGUUGUACACGCUGGAGCCGGCUGUACGCAAUCGCGAUGUUGGAAAGCAUUUGAUCGGUGUUGAGGAUCUUAUUAGCAAUCAUGGUCUUGUCGAUGCGCAAAUCAAAGCGCAUGGAUCGCUUCUUGCCAAGUUGUCGCAAUCGGCGAAUAAUUAUAUUCGGCACAAGGAGGAGCAAUUUGAUGUGCUGCAGAGAAAGUUGGACGAGGUCACCGCGCAAUAUAACACGCUUGUGGAACUGUGCCGCGCUCGCCGAUUGGCUCUUGAGAGAGCUCGCGCGCUAUUCCAAUUCGUGCAGGAUCAUGAGGAGGAGAUGGCGUGGCUAACCGAGAAGGAGAAUAUUUGUAAGACGGCGCUCAACUGUGGCGACAUUUCGACAGUUCCGCAGACGAAUACACUUUAUAAGAAUGUCGAAAUGGAAAUGCAGACGCAUUGGGCGAGAAGCAAAGGAAUGAUUGCCGCCGGCGAGCGACUAGUUCAGAAUGGCCAAUCGAAAGAGGACAUUCAGCGACGAUUGACGGCGAUGAAUCAGGGAUGGGAGCGACUUCGUGUUGCUGUCGCCGCGCUUGGCAAUUGGUUGAAUGAGGCGCGACAAGCGCAACAGUACUUCCAGGAUGCGAACGAGGCGGAGUCGUGGAUUCGCGAGAAGAUGCCACUUGUUAAAUCGGAUGAUCUUGGACGCGAUGAGGGAGCCGCUGAAUCGUUGCUUCAGAGGCAUACGCGUCUUGAGGAGGAGAUUCAUGCUUACAGGGCUGAUAUCGUGAGACUUGAGGAAAUGAGUGUCGCGUUGUCGAACAGCACGUUCCAUACUUCCACGGCGAGCACUUCGAUUCAAGAGACUGAAGAAGUCACUGUUCCACAGAUUGAAGCGAUUUACAAAUAUGAGGGCAAUGGUAUGAAGGUGGCGAAGGGCGAGAUUCUUGCGCUUCUCGAAAAAUCGACGCCGGAAUGGUGGCGAGCUUUGAAGCGCGAUGGCACCGAGGGAUAUGUGCCAGCCAACUAUUGCCGACUUGUUCCCGGCGAGAUGGUGACUGUCACGCAGACCACGUCGAAGACGACGACGACAAUUGAGGGAAGUGAGGCGAAGCGCGCUGUCAUCACAGAACGACAACAGAUGAUCUCGAAUGAUUACCGACAAUUGAAUCGAUUGGCGGAUGUGCGACGACGCUUGUUGUCGGAUAACAUCAAACUAUUGCGGUUCUUCCGCGAGUGUGAUGAGUUUGAGCGAUGGGCGAGAGAAGUGGAAGUGUCGUUGGCGGAUGAGCCGUCGCCGGAACACGUUGCCGCAUUCCGACGCAAAUUUGACAAGCUUGAAGCGGAUAUGAAGACGAAUGGUGGAACUCAACUCAAGCAUAUUAAUGAGAUUGCGAAUGAUUUGAUAUCGGAGGGGCAUGGACAAUCGAAACAGAUUGAAAUGAGGCAGAUGAAGAUGAAUGCUCUUUGGGAUCAUUUGGAGAGGCUUCGAAAGCAGCGAGCUGUUCGCCUUGAAGCUACUGAACGAGUUGCGGACUUUGAGAAUUCGUGCGAAAGCGCCCGCGAAUGGAUGCAGGGCAAAUUUGAGCAGCUCGAUCGCAAUCCGAACGAUGUUAAAAGUCUACAGAAUCUUGAGCGAGAUUUGAAGCCGCUUGAGAACAAGAUUGCGUACCUUGAGAAGCUCGCUGCCGCUGUGAAAAAGGAUCAUCCUGAAGAAGCGGCUGCGAUUGAGAGAAAAAUUGCCGAGCUGAAGGCCCUUCACGCCGAUUUGCUGAGAAGAUCGAAGGAGAAGAUGCAGCUCGCCGAGCAGACUCAAGGAAAGGAGAUGUUCGAAUCGGCGCUGAGAGACAUGAUUGUUUGGAUUGAGAAGACUAGAAAGCAGAUGCUUGAAGAUGUUCAUCCUGUUGAUGUUGAUGAAGCGGAGGAACUACUGAAGAAGCAUUAUGAGCUUGGCGAGCAGAUCAAGGAGAAGAAGUAUGAAGUGGAGUAUGUGCAGGAGCUUGGACGAAGACUUUUGGAACGUAAUCCGAGGGUGCCGAAUGUUAACGAGCAGCUGAAAGAGUUGGUCAAUGAGAUGGCGAUGCUCAAGGAUCUUUACCGCAAGAGAGACAUUAUGCUGAAGCAGCAGCUCGACUUACAGUUGUUCAAUCGUGAGUCGGAACGAAUCGACGCGGCGACGAAGGGCCAUGAGGCGUUCCUCGAGUUUGACAAACUCGGCGAUUCGGUCGAGUCGGUUGAGAAUCUCUUGAAGCGACAUCGCGAUCUGGAGGCGAAACUUGACGCUCAGGAUGCGAGACUUGAAGCGUUUUCGAGAACAGCUGACGAUAUGAUCAAAGCGGAUCACGCGGACUCGCAGUUUAUUGAUCAACGCCGACGCGAUGUGUUGGCUCGACGCGAGGCGGUCCGCCGCGCCGCCGCUCAAAGGAAGAAACAAUUGGAAGCGUCGCUGGAAUACCAGGAGAUGCGGCGAGAAGCCGAAGAAGUGAUGGGAUGGAUGAAUGAGAAGGCGAAGUUGGUGAACAGCGGCGAUGAUGCGAAUCUGGCGCCGUCGGCGAUUCCGCAACGUCUUUUGAAGCAUGAGGCGUUUGAGGCCGAGAUUGGCGCGAACGAGCCGAGAAUUGAGCAGAUCAAUCGCGAAGGUGCCGCGCUGAUCAAUAGCAAUCAUUAUGAGUCGCCGAAUGUUGAGAAGCUUGUCAGACGCGUCAAUUUGCAAUGGGCGGAUCUGAAGAAGUUGGUUGCGGCGAAGGGUGAGAGGCUUAAACAGGCGGCCGAUCAGAAGGGACUUGACCAAAUUCUUGCCGAUGCGCAUUCGAAACUUGAUGAGAUGGAGCUUGCGUUGAAGUCUGCCGAUCAGGGACAUGAUCUGAGAUCAGUUAAAGAUCUCCUUCAGCGUCAUAUGGUACUUGAGCAGGAGAUGGGAUUGUAUGGAAAGAAGCUCGCCGACAUUGAAAAGCGUGGAAAACAGAUGGCCGCUGAGGGACAUUAUGAUGCUGAUCGAAUCAAGUUCACUGUGUCCGAGCUUCUCAAGAGAUACGAUGAGUUGAGCGUGCCGACUGGAAAACGGCGUGAAGCAUUGGAGGAAUCUCGGCUUUGGCAUCAAUUGGCGUUCGAUGUUGAUUGUGAGCUUCAGUGGAUUGCCGAGAAGAAGCCAAUUGUGUCGUCGAAGGACUGCGGAAGAACUCUGACGGAAGCGUUCAAUAUGGUCAAGAAGCAGGAACGGCUUGAAGCGGAAGUCAACCAGCAUGCGACGAGCAUUGACAAGGUUAUCUCGCAAGGCGACCAGCUGAUGGAACGUCGGCAUCCGGCAUCGGCGCAGAUUGAAAAGAAGAUCGGAGAGCUGUCGCUGUCGUGGGGAGAGUUGAAGAGACUCUUGCGAAAGCGGCGAGACAUUGUUGAUUGGGGUGUCAAAGAGCAACAGUACUUGUUCGAUGCCGCCGAAGUGGAGUCGUGGAUGAAUGAGAAGCGGAAUGCAUUGGCGUCGGAGGACUACGGAAGUGAUGAGGAUGCGGCAAGGAAGCUUCUCGCCAAACAUCGCGCACUUUGUGAGGACAUGGCAACGUAUAGGCAAUGGUUGGAGAAGUUGUCGGCGAAAUGUGCGGAGCUUGUUCAAUCGAAUCGACCGAAUGUGGAUCGAUUUGAGAAUCGUCAAGCGGAACUUGAAUCCGAGUUUGAGCGGCUCAGCCGGCUUGCCGAGGAUCGAAGGAAUGCGCUUGAAGACGCGGUGUGCCUCUAUGAAUACAUGCGAGAGAGCGCGGAUUUGGAGUUGUGGAUCAAUGAGCAACUGCAGACGGCGAUGAGCGAGGACUACGCCGAAGAUUAUGAGCACUUGAAAGAGCUUCAGUCGAAGUUUGAUGAGUUCAAGCAGAGUGUGAAGACGGGAAGUGAGAGAUUCAUCUCUUGCGAGAAAGCCGCUAGCGCCAUCCUUCGUAGGAAUCCGCCGUUCGCUCGUGAUGUUGUUAAGAAGCAGGAGAAGCUCAGAACGAUUUGGACUCUUUUGGAGCAGUACAUUGAAGCGCGCGAUAGUAAACUCGUCGCCGCUGAAGAGCUUCAUCGAUUCAAUCGCGACGUCGAAGAGUUUGAGCAGUGGAUUGCCGACAAGAUGGCGCAAAUGCCGAGAGAUCUUGGACGCGACGUGAAGCACGUGCACUCGCUUUGGCAGAAGCAUGAGGCGCUUGACAAAGAAACGAAAAAUGCCGAGCCAAGACUUGUUGCGAUCAUGGAAGAAGCGGAACGGUUGAAGAAGGCUUAUCCUGGAGGCAACGCCGAGCAGAUAAGCGCUCAACAAAGCUCGUUGAAUGAGGAAUGGGAUGAGCUUCGGAAUGCCACUGAUGAUCGGAGGGAUAUGCUUCGAGCGGCUUUCGAUCUUCAUACAUUCAAUGGCAAAGUUCGCGAUCUUCUUGCAUGGACCGAUCUCACCAUUAAUGACAUUCAGUCGGAUCUUCAAAUCAACGAUCUUCAGCAGGCCGAAUGGCUUCAGAAAGAGCACUCGCGACUAUUGAAUGAGAUGGACGCGCGCGAGCCGGAAUUUGAUCGGUUGAUUAGCGAUGGACAGAAGAUGAUUUCGGCCCAACACUACUCGUCGGAGGAGAUUCGGAACAAGACGCGACUACUUGAUGCGGCGCGAGAUCGCCUACGAAAGGAGUGGGCGCUGCGGAAUGAGUUCUUGUCGCAAGCGGUUCAGUGGCAUGCGUUCCAGCGAGAAGCCAAACAGAUAAUUGCAUCGAUUGCCAGCAAACGGACGACACUUAAGAAUUUGGCUGUUGGCGGAUCAGUGGCCGAUGUUGAGAGUCAGAAGAAUCGAUUGAACACGUUCGAGAAGGCCUUGUCGACUUUGGACGAGAGGACGUUGAGUUUGGAUCAGACGGCGGAUGGUCUUCGAAAUGCCAAGCAUAUGGAGUCGGCGAACAUCGCGUUGUGGAAGGACAAGGUUCAUGAAGAGUUGGCGCUACUUCGAGCGGAUAUUGAGACAAGACAUCGAACGCUUUCGAAUGCUUAUGAUUUGGCAUCGUUUGAUAGUGAUGUUGCUUUGAUUGAGACGUGGAUUGAUGAGAAGACCAAUGGAAUCCGAAAGGCUCGUGAUCAAUCGUCUGAGACGAUCACGAUUGAAGAGAAAAUGAAGCGACUUCAAACUCACCAGGCUCUGGAGGCGGAGGUGUCGGCCAAUAAAUCGGUGGUCGAUGAGAUUCUGCGACGAGGACGCCACUUGAACACGGCGCAUCGCAAUCCGAAAAUAUCGCAGAGAUGCGAGGAGUUUGGUUUGAAAUGGCACACGCUGGUGGCUGCUUGUGAGGAUCAAUCGCAGGCUUUGGAAGAGGCGCGCGAUUUGUUGCGCUUCAAACAGCUGGUGGACCGUGUGUUGACAUGGAUUCAUGAGAAGGAGGUGCUGGUGUCGACGGCGGAUAUGGGAAGAGACAUGGAACAUUGCCGAUUGCUUCUGGAGAGGCUUGAUGGAUCCCGCUCGGAUACCACUGUUGAUGAGCAGACGCUUAAUGAGAUUAAUCGUCUCGGCGAGAAGCUAGUUGGACAGGGUCGCACGAGUCGCGAUCAGGUGCAAAAGGAGCAGCAGCAUCUCAACGAGAAGUGGCGCCUAUUGUUUGGUCAAUUGUCGCAGUAUCGCACCGAAUUGAUGGCCGCCAUGGAGGUUCACACGUUCAAUCGCGAUGUUGAAGACACCGAUGAGCGGAUUCAUGAGAAGAUCGCCGCGAUGAAGAGCGAGGACUAUGGCAAAGACUUUGCCAGUGUUGAGCUUCUUGUCAGGAAGCAGUCGGCUUUGGAGCGUGACAUGAGCGCGAUUCAUCAGAAGCUCAUUGCUCAUGAUCGUGACGCGCAAAAGAUUCUUGAGAAGCGACCACCACUGCGACAAUCGGUUUUGGAUUCGUUGAAGAAACUUGAAGAGUCGUGGAAACAACUCAGCGAGGCGGCGGAGUUCAGAAAUGACAAGCUCAAUCGAUCCUAUAAGCUUUACAAGUACCUGGAUGAUGUCAAGAAGGUGGAGCAGUGGGCCAAUCAGGUGCGCAACAAGAUGACCGCUCAUCAGACGCCGAAAGAUUCGGCGGGAGCCAAGAAGUUGUUGGAGCAGCAUCACGAGCGCAAGGCGGAGAUUGAUGGAAGAGCGGAUGAGAUUCGAGCUCUUCAUGAGGAGGGACAAGUGCUGAUUGCUGAGCAGCCGGAUCACAAGGCGGAAGUGCAAAGAGCCCACAAGCGUGUGCAGAAUUCGGAACAUCAACUCAGGCAGACAUGGGAAAUUGAAAAGGCGUCACUUCAGCGAUUGGCGGAAUGGUUGCGAUGGUGCGAUGAAGCAGCGCAGUGCGAGCAGUGGUUGUCGGAGAAGGAGAAUCAGUUGACACGAGGCGAGCUUGGCGACACGACCGAUGCUGCCGAGAUGUUCAUCAAAUCGCACGUCGCGUUUGAGGAGACGGUUCGGAAGCAAGGCGAAAAGAUUGGAGUGCUUGAGAAGCACGCCGAUCAACUAGUUUCGGCUGGAAACGACUAUCGAGCCGACAUUGAGGCGAAGAAGGAUGAGGUGAAGUCGAGAUAUGCGAACUUGUUGAAUCUUGUCGCGAAACGAAAAGGAAUGCUGGAUGAUAGCAAGCGAUAUCAUGAGUUUAUUCGACACUGCGGCGAGUUGAUCAUCUGGAUUACGGCGAAACUUCAAUUGGCUUACGACGAAUCGUUUUUGGAUCAUACGAAUUUGCGAUCGAAACUUCAAAAGCAUAUGGCGUUCGACUCGGAACUCGUUGAGAAUGAGAAGCGAUUGACGGCAGUCGAGCGGCAAGGUGUCGAGCUCGUCAAUGAGAAUCAUUUCAUGAGCGAGCAGGUGAACGCGCAACUCGCUGAAUUGCGAUCGGGAUGGGAUGAGCUGCGAACGAAGUCGGCAAUGAAGACGCAACGACUUCGAGAGGCUUUCGAGCUUCACUCGCUUCAGAGGAAAGUCGAAGAUCUUGAGAAGUGGCUGGACCGAGUCGAAGCGGAACUGGCGUCGGAGGAUCAUGGACGAGACAUGUUGUCGACGGAAUUGCUCAUUAAGAAGCUUGAUACACUUCAAGCCGAAAUUGCUGGACGAUCGGAUGCCGUUGUGGAGAUGAUGAAGAAGGCGAGAGAGCUUCGCGUUCAAGGAUCGGUUGCCGCGGAAGAAUGCCUUCAGCAGGCGGAGCAGGUCGAAGCGAGAUACUCGGGACUGGAUGAACCGGUGCAAAUUCGACGAGAGAAUUUGAUCGAUGCACAAAAGCUGUUUGAAUGGAUCAAGGCCGCCGAAGAGGAUUUGGAAUGGCUUUCGGACAAGAUGCCGCUGGCGAGUAGCAACGAGACGGGCGAUAGCUUGCAAAGCGCUUUGUCCCUUCAGAAGAAGCACGCUGCUUUGGAGAAGGAGCUUGAGACUCGGCAAUCUGCUAUGCAGGAGACGGAGAAGCGGGGAAAAGAUAUGAUUCGACAAAGGCACUUUGCUUCGAAUAUUAUUCAGAAGACUUUGGAUCGGUUGACGUCGGCGGUUUUGACGUUAAAGGAAAGCUGUGGUCUUCGGAAAGAUCUUCUACAGGAAGCUAUUGACGCUCAUGAGUAUUAUGCUGAAGAGGCUGAAGCUGAGCAAUGGCUUCGCGAGCAGAUGCCGUUGGCUAUGAGCCAAGAGAUGGGACGAGAUCAAGCGGGAGCUGAAAGCCAUCUGAGACGAUUGACGGUGUUGGACAAGGAGGUUGAGACAUUCAAGAAGGAGAUUGACAAUCUUAAACAGAGAGCUGACGGACUUCUUGCUCGAGAACACCAUGAUGCGAUGUCGAUUGCUGCGAAGCAGCGUAAGCUGGAAGCCUUGUUUGGCGAUUUGUGCCGUGAGAGCGCCCGACGACGAACGCAACUCGCUGAUGCUUCAAAGUAUCAUCGAUUCGUGAGACAGGCUGAUGAUUUGGUCGAUUGGCUUCAUGAGAAGGAGCGAGUCGCUUCAGCCGAGGAAUACGGGCGGGAUCUCGAAGACUGCCAAAAUAUCAUCGAACAGUUUGAGACGACUGUUCGCGAGUUGGCUGCUGCUGGUGAACGAGUUGCUGCGGUUCAACGCGCCCAGGAGGAUUUGCUGAGAAGUGGACAUCCGUAUGGCGCUUCGAUCACCGCCAAAGCCACCGAUGUUCAGCGUCUUUGGACACAUGUCAAUGAGGUGACGAACGAGAGAAAGCAGGCUUUGCAUGGAGCGCGUCAGGUGCACCGAUUUGAUCAGGAAGCCGAUCAGACUCUGAACUGGCUUCAAGAUAAGGAAGCGACUGGAGUUGCUAUGGAACAGGAGGAUUUGUCGCGUGCUGACUUGGCUUCGGUGAAGGCGCAACUUCAGCGACAUGAUGAGUUUAUGCAUGGAAUGAAGGCGGUUGAGAAACAGGUUGCUGAGCUUUGUCAUGAAGCCGAACGACUUUGGAACGUGUUCCCCGAUACCCGUCAUCAUUUGGAAGUUCGACGACUUGACAUGGAAGAGCAGCUCAAGGAUAUCAUGGAGGCGGCGAAGAAGCAUUAUGAGAAGUUGCGAGAGAUGCAGAGCCUUCAAUCGUACUUCCAAGAGUAUCGGGAGAUGAUGCAGUGGAUGAAGAACAUGCAGGCGACGAUGACGUCGGAGCUGCUGCCGCAGGAUGUCGCCGGAUGCGAGAGCCUUGCGAGACGGCAUGAUGAGUAUAAUGUGGAGAUGCAGGGACGCAAGGCGUUUGUUGAUGAUUUCGCGCGGCAAGGACGUCGAAUGAUUCAGUCGAAGAAUUUGCUGUCGGCGGAGAUUCAGGAGAAGGUUGAAAUUCUUGAGCGAUCUUGGGCGAUGCUUUGCGAGAUUUGGAAGGAUCGCGCGGAGUUGUACGAUGAGAAUAUGGAUUGCCAGAAGUGGAAGGAGAACGCGUCGCAGCUGGAAAAUUGGCUUCUUGAGCGCGAACGACUCCUUGCUGAUGAUUGGAAGGUGGUUGAUUCGGUCGACACCGCGGAAACUCAACUUCGAGAGUUUGACGACUUUUUGGUGACGUUGGAGGCGCAAAGCGAGAAGUGCGAAAUGGUCAAGAGGUUGACGCUGGUUGAGCAGAACUUCAGCAAGUUGAGGAAUAAGGAGAUUGAUCGCACAAGAAUCGCCGAAGAGGAUCAGAAGCGAAGAGACACUAUCAAGAUUGUCGAGAAGGGCAACAUUUUGGCGAAUCGGCGACAAGAGCGCGAGCGGCGAAAGACACAAGAGAUCUCGUUGUUGAGGCCGAACUCGAACGGCGAGGAUUUCUCGACGCACACGAUGCCGAGAAAGGAUCGCAAGGAGAGGAGUAAGACGACAGCGGAUUUGGUUCCAGGAAGUUCCCUUCAAGUUGGCGACAUUAUCACAUCGUCGACGGCGGCCCCACUUCAGACUAGCGUUGAGAUCACGAAGACGCCGUCGUUUAACACGCGACGCAAUCAGGCGCUGAGAAAGACGAGCAAGUGGGAGGAUAUGGGAGCGAUUGACAUGAAGGGAUAUUUUGAUCGUAAGAUGUGCACGAUGAGCGGCGGUAAGCGCGCCGUGGUGAGAUCAUGGAAGAACUACUAUGGAAUUCUGUGUGGUCAAUUGUUGUGCUUCUUCAAAGACGAGACGAUGUUUGUGGAGAAUGUUGCUGCUUCGCCGCCGGUGUAUAUCUAUGGAGCGGUUUGUGAGCCGUAUCCCGAAUAUGCGAAGCGGAAGCAUGCGUUCCGAUUGAUAACACAAGAUGGAUCCGAGUUCAUCUUCUCGUGUCCGGAAGAGCGGCAAAUGCUUGAAUGGGUGGCGAAGAUCAAAUUCCACGCGAAUUUGGCGCCAAGCAAUCAAUUGAUGUCGUACUCGUACAAUGACGAUUUGAUGACGACGGAUCAGAUGCCGCCGGUGGUGAAGCCGCGUCGGAAUUUUGCCGGAGGCGAUUACAACACGCAGAAUCGCGCCUCUUACGCGACUUCUGAUGAUUUGUCGCAGUUCGAGCUUGUUUAUAAUCGUGGUUGUAGUUCGCUUCCGCGCGGCCGUCAGCACGACGCGUUGGCGAUUCGCGAUUGCGCGACGCUUCCGCGCGGCUUCGGCGGCUCGUCGGCGAUCGAAUCGCCGCCGGUGUUUUUGCCGCCGUCGGGACCCCUUCUUGCGACGCCAUUGUCGAUGAACUCGUUGUCGUCGAGCAGCGGUGUGCUGCCGACGGUUGUUGUUCGCAAGAAGGGCGUUGUGCGUCGCGCGAGUCGACGCCAAUCGAUCUACGCCGAGAGUAUUUAUGGGGAAGUGGAAGAGGCGAUCGCGGAAGCCGCGAAGGCUUCUCGCGGCGGUGGUGCGAAUGGCGGCGAUACUGCUGAAAUUCGACAUGGUGGAGAGUACUCGGAAACACUGAUUUAUCGCGAGCACACCUCGACGGCAUAUCAACACGUUGAACGCGCAAUGUCGCCGCGAGACCCGACUGCGACGAACGGCGAAUUCAUUUCGUGGGUUGAGAAUAAUCAGACGCCUGAUGGAAGAACGACGUCGGCGAGUAUCGCGUCGACGCCUUCGGGAAAUUUCGAUGAUUCGGAUUCGAUCAAAUCAUCGUCGAAGCGAAAAGUUUUUGGAUCGUUGUUCAAACGAGGAUCGAAAUCGUCGAAAUGA